AUGAGACUCGUUAUGCAAGAGCUUCCCCAAUCAAUUGGGGAUCUUAGUGAACUUGUUGUAUUAAAUUUGAAAGAACUCGCAAAUGCCUUGGGUAUCUUCCGAAGAAAUAUUUUUGUUGAAAUCUCUUCUUAUUGCCGACAUCUCAAGUUGCUCAUCUAUCGGCAGGUUUUCGGACUUUUCAAGGAAUAUGAGGUACUUGUACUUGCAAGGAACCGCAAUGAAGAACUUCCCUCCUCAAUUGGUGGUCUAAGGAAACUUAUUUCUUUGGAUCUAAGUGUUGGGCCUCUCUUCCACCUUCCGGUGUAG